CUGCAGUUUCUGAGGUGACUCACAGGAAUAUUCAGACAUCAGGAGAAAUAAAAAGGAAACUGUGAUUUAAAUGGAAAUCUGAAAAGAAACGCUUACACAGCCUACAUAUGGAAGGGUGGAAAUAUCUAAAGAGAAGAGAAGGACAGCAGUGGUUGUUGCUAAACUCCAUGUGUCAGAAAUGAAGGAAAAAUCUAAGAAUGCUGCGAAGACACGAAGAGAAAAAGAAAAUGGAGAAUUUUAUGAACUGGCCAAAUUGCUGCCGCUGCCCUCAGCCAUCACAUCUCAGCUGGACAAAGCUUCAAUCAUCAGAUUGACCACCAGUUACCUGAAGAUGAGAGCUGUGUUUCCAGAUGGUCUCGGGGAGGCGUGGGGUCAAUCAUCACGGAUGAGUCCUCUGGACGUCAUGGCCAAAGACCUCGGAUCUCACCUGCUGCAGACUUUAGACGGGUUUGUGUUUGUCGUCGCGCCAGAUGGAAAAAUCAUGUACAUUUCAGAAACAGCUUCAGUUCAUCUGGGUCUGUCACAGGUGGAACUGACUGGAAACAGCAUAUUUGAGUACAUCCAUCCUUCUGAUCACGAUGAGAUGAACGCCGUCCUCAGCACACCCCAACCUCUACACGCUCACUUCAUGCAAGAGUGUGAAAUCGAGCGCUCCUUCUUUCUGAGGAUGAAGUGUGUUUUGGCAAAGAGGAACGCAGGUCUUACGUGUGGCGGUUAUAAGGUGAUCCAUUGCAGCGGGUACCUGAAGAUCCGUCAGUUUGUGAUGGACGUGUCACUCUACGAGUCGUGCUAUCAGAUUAUCGGUUUGGUGGCGGUCGGUCACUCCCUCCCCCCCAGCGGCAUCACUGAGAUCAAACUUCACAGUAAUAUGUUCAUGUUUCGCGCCAGUCUCGACCUCAAACUCAUCUUCCUGGACAGCAGGGUGGCGGAGUUAACAGGUUAUGAGCCGCAGGACUUGAUUGAGAAAACUCUCUAUCAUCACGUGCACGGAUGUGACGUUUUUCACCUGCGAUAUGCACAUCACAUAUUGUUGGUAAAGGGUCAAGUCACCUCUAAGUACUACCGUCUGCUGUCGAAACACGGUGGUUGGGUUUGGGUGCAGAGCUGUGCUACGAUUGUGCACAACAGUCGCUCAUCUCGGCCACACUGCAUCGUCAGCGUCAACUACGUGUUGACGGAUGCGGAGCAUACAGAGAUGUUGUUAUCUCAGGACCAGAGCAGAUCUAGAUCGUCUCUCUCCUAUAAAAACUUACAUCUUACAUCUCCUCAGGACUCACACAAACAGCUUAAAGCCAAAACUGCAAGAAUGAAAAGCAAACUCAAAGUUUCUCCAUAUCCUCAGACCUCUCAGCAUCCUGAUAAACUGGAGUCUCAGCUGUGGAAGUCCAGUCAGGACGAAGGUCCCGUCUCGCUGCCGCAAAUCUCUCUUCCUGUCUCUGAACCACGACAGGUAGCGUCUUACUCUCUGCCCCACUCGUACACGAGCGUGCACGCAUCAGCCGACGACCGAAAGCUGCGAGCGUCGUCGAGCUCUCCCGGAAGACCCGUUCUGUCCUCGCUGCAGUCUCAGGACAACGUUCCAUGGAGCUUUAGUGAAAACAAACCUGCUGUUAAUUUCCAACCAGCCCGCAGCACAUACUCGGGUUACAGCAGGAGAUUCACCACUGAGCUGCUGCAGGAAGGCUACAGAUCCAGUGGUGCGUUUAAAGAGGAGCCGAACGAGACCCAGGACGAUGACCCGGGCGGCCCGCCGCCUGCUACGAGCAUCUGUGAGCAUUCCAGAGGACAUCACGGGCCGCCGGGCCUCGGCCGACACUUGCCUGUACAAAUGUUGUUGGAGCAGAGACGCAGGCUGUGUGUGACAGACGUCCCGUACGAGGCAAAUGACGGGCAAAGGUGUCCGGACCGACUCCCAGAGCAGAACAGCCUGGAGGAGAGGAGGCUUCUCCUGGAAAUGAGCCUUCCGCCGCAAAGUUCAUUUGUUUCUUUGAACCUCCACCACGUUCUGGCCAAGCAUAGCUCCUUCCCAUCGGGACCUUACGCUUUAAGCCAUUUAACGGAGAGCUACGGCUACCGAGGAGAGGAGGUGAAUCCGUGCCUGUACCGGACACAAAGUCCCACCUCUAGCCCCUCCCCUGAGGGACGCCAUGUUCCCCAUUACAUCGGCACGUCUGUUAUCAUAAGCAAUGAAAGGUGA